AGUUUCACUGUGCAGAAGAAGGUGAGGUCGCAUGGGGGAAAUAACGGUACAUGAAAAGGAUUAACUUGGUCGGUGUUGGCUAACGUCAACCAGAUUGCCUCCCGACCCAGCCAUGGACUUAACUAAAUAUUCAUGGCUUGAUUUAUUUUUCUCACUAAUCGGCGUGUGCACGUAUUUGUUCGACUGGGGAUCUGACCUGUGGGUGGCCACCGAGUUUUACUCCCACGGUGACUUUUUCUGGUUCGGGGUGCUGGUCGGCCUCAUGGUUCUGUCGUCUGUGGUGGUCCAGAUGUUCAGCUGGUUCUGGCUCAAAUACGACAAAGAGCUGCAAGGGUUCAACGCACAGACCUCGGCGGACACUGUUUUGUUUGGCGACCGCGUAAAACUCACCUGCCUUUUGCACGUCUUCCAACUGGGCUUCUUUUGCAGGCACAUCUCUGCAAUAUGGCAAGGCUUCCGGGUUUGGUGGCGAAAGGAGCAGGGGUCAGAGUAUGCUAUUUACCUGAUGCAUGACCUCAGCAUGCUGCGGCUCAUUGAGACCUUCUGCGAGAGCGCCCCUCAGCUCACCCUCAUGACAUACAUUAUGCUGCACACCAACAAGGCCAGGACUGUACAAUGUGUGAGUGUUGCUGCAUCAACAACUUCCAUAGCCUGGAUGGUGGUAGACUAUCACCGCUCCCUGCGCUCGUUCCUUCCAGACAAGGCUCAGCAGGGUUGGUGCUCUUCUUUGGUGUACUUUCUGUGGAACCUGCUGCUGAUUGCCCCGCGAGUGGCAGCCAUCGCCCUCUUUGCCUCCGUCCUGCCAAACUACAUCGCUGCCCACUUUCUGUUGCUGUGGCCUGUUUUUGUGUUCUGGGCCUGGCAACAAAAAACUAACUUCAUGGACAGCACAGCUGGGGAGUGGCUCUACCGGGCCACUGUAGGUCUCAUCUGGUACUUCAGCUGGUUUAAUGUGGCAGAGGGGCAGACCAGGGGCAGGAGCGUCAUCUAUCACUGUUUUAUGACCUUGGAUGGAGGGAUCCUGUUGGCCACUUGGUGGUGCUACCGGGACCUAGUCCUGACACGGUCCUAUGCCUGUGUUGUGCUCACUGCUCUGCCUAUCACCUACCUCCUUGGACUCACCUUUAAAACCUUGUACUACUGCUGCUUCCACCCCAAACUGUGGCGACCUCCAGUGAGGGACCCAGGACUAGCUGAUGAGAUGCCAGAUGGAAAAGUGGCCUUUAGAGACUUCUCCAUCCAGUGUGGUGCUUUGUCGUCCCAACUUGUUAACAAGAGAAUGGCCCGCCAUGCCACUAAUUUUUACUCAAAGCAGGAAGUCAGAAAUAUCAAUAGGACAAAGGGAAAUGAGGCCAGCAGUGUUUUCUGA